AUGAAAGUAACUCUUUCAUCAGAUGGUGAGAUGAAAGUAACUCUUUCAUCAGAUGGUGAGAUGAAAGCAACUCUUUCAUCAGAUGGUGAGAUGAAAGUACCUCUUUCAUCAGAUGGUGAGAUCAAAGUAACUCUUUCAUCAGAUGGUGAGAUGAAAGCAACUCUUUCAUCAGAUGGUGAGAUGAAAGUACCUCUUUCAUCAGAUGGUGAGAUGAAAGUAAUUCUUUCAUCAGAUGGUGAGGUAAAAGUACCUCUUUCAUCAGAUGGUGAGAUGAAAGCAACUCUUUCAUCAGAUGUGAGUUUCCUUGUCAUCGCCAGUGUGGGGCACGGGCUCAUUUUCCUCAUGUACUUGCCCCCCUUCCCCCUCCUCCCUCUGCUGGUCAGGGCCAAGGCUUUCGACCUUGACCUGGUGGGCCUGGUGUCGCCCCAUUAUCCCGCUUUCCAUCACCCCGCCCCAUUCUCCCGCUUUCCAUCACCCCGCCCCAUUCUCCUGCUUUCUAUCACCCCGCUCCAUUCUCUCGCUUUCCAUCAACCCGCCCCAUUCUCCCGCUUUCUAUCACCCCGCCCCAUUCUCCCUCUUUCCUUCGCCCCGCCCCAUUCUCCCGCUUCCCAUCACCCCGCCCCAUUCUCCCUCUUCCCAUCACCCCGCCCCAUUCUCCCGCUUUCGUUCACCCCACGCCAUUCUCCCGCUUUUUAUCACCCCGCCCCAUUCUCCCGCUUUCCUUCACCCCGCCCCAUUCACCGGCUUCCCAUCACCCUGCCCCAUUCUCCCUCUUCCCAUCACCCGCCCCAUUCUCCCGCUUUCCAUCACCCCGCCCCAUUCUCCCGCUUUCCAUCACCGCGCCCCAUUCUCCCCCAUCACCCCACCCCAUUCUCCUGCUUUCCAUCACCCCGCCCCAUUCUACCUCUUUCCAUCACCCUGCCCCAUUCUCCCGAUUUCCAUCACCCCGCCCCAUUCUCCCGCUUUCCAUCACCCCGCCCCAUUCUCCCUCUUUCCAUCAUCCCGCCCCAUUCUUCCGCUUUCCAUCACCUCGCCCCAUUCUCCCGUUUCUAUCACCCGCCCCAUUCUCCCUCUUUCCUUCACCCCGCCCCAUUCUCCCGCUUCCCAUCACCUCGCCCCAUUCUCCCUCUUCCCAUCACCCCGCCCCAUUCUCCCGCUUUCGAUCACCCCGCCCAAUUCUCCCGCUUUCCAUCACCCCGCCCUAUUCUCCCGCUUUCCUUCACCCCGCCCCAUUCCCCCGCUUCCCAUCACCCCGGCCCAUUCGCCCUCUUCCCAUCACCCCGCCUCAUUCUCCCGCUUUCCAUCACCCCGCCCCAUUCUCCCUCUUUCCAUCACCCCGCCCCAUUCUCCCGCUUUCCGUCACCCCGCCCCAUUCUCCCGCUUCCCAUCACCUCGCCCCAUUCUCCCUCUUCCCAUCACCCCGCCCCAUUCUCCCGCUUUCGAUCACCCCGCCCAAUUCUCCCGCUUUCCAUCACCCCGCCCUAUUCUCCCGCUUUCCUUCACCCCGCCCCAUUCCCCCGCUUCCCAUCACCCCGGCCCAUUCGCCCUCUUCCCAUCACCCCGCCUCAUUCUCCCGCUUUCCAUCACCCCGCCCCAUUCUCCCUCUUUCCAUCACCCCGCCCCAUUCUCCUGCAUUCCAUCACCCCGCCCCAUUCUCCCUCUUUCCAUCACCCCGCCCCAUUCUCCCGCUUUCCGUCACCCCGCCCCAUUCUCCCGCUUUCCAUCACCCCGCCCCAUUCUCCCGCUUUCCAUCACUCCGCCCUAUUCUCCCGCUUUCCAUCACCCCGCCCCAUUCUCCCGCUUUCCAUCACCCCGCCCCAUUCUCCCGCAUUCCAUCACCCCGCCCCAUUCUCCCACUUUCCAUCACCCCGCUCCAUUCUCCCGCUUUCCAUCACCCCGCCCCAUUCUCCUGCUUUCUAUCACCCCGCCCCAUUCUCCCUCUUUCCUUCACCCUGCCCCAUUCUCCCGCUUCCCAUCACCCCGCCCCAUUCUCCCUCUUCCCAUCACCCCGUCCCAUUCUCCCGCUUUCGAUCACCCCGCCCCAUUCUCCCACUUUCCAUAACCCCGCCCCAUUCUCCCGCUUUCCAUCACCCCGCCCCAUUCUCCCGCUUUCCAUCACCCCGCCCCUCUUUCCAUCACCCCGCCCCAUUCUCCCGCUUUCCAUCACCCCGCCCCAUUCUCCUGCUUUCCAUCACCCCGCCCCACUCUCCCGCUUUCCAUCAUCCCACCCCAUUCUCCCGCUUUCCAUCACCCCGCCCCAUUCUCCACCUUUCCAUCACCCCGCCCCAUUCUCCCGCUUUCCAUCACCCCGCCCCAUUCUCCCGCUUUCCAUCACCCCGCCCCAUUCUCCCGCCUUCCAUCACCCCGCCCCAUUCUCCCUCUUUUCAUCAUCCCGCCCUAUUCUCCCUCAUUACAUCACCGCGCCCCAUUCUCCCUCUUUCCAUCACCCCGCCCCAUUCUUCCGCUUUCCAUCACCCCGCCCCAUUCUCGCUCUUUCCAUCAUCCCGCCCCAUUCUCCCGCUUUCCAUCACCCCGCCCCAUUCUCCCGCUUUCCAUCACCCCGGCCCAUUCUCCCGCUUUCCAUCACCCCGCCCCAUUCUCCCGUUUUCCAUCACCCCGCCCCAUUCUCCCGCUGUCCAUCACCCGCCUCAUCUCCCGCUUUCCAUCACCCCGCCCCAUUCUCCCGCUCUCCAUCACCCCGCCCCAUUCUCCCGCUUUUCAUCACCCCGCCCCAUUCUCCCGCUUUCCAUCACCCCGCGCCAUUCUCCCGCUUUCCAUCACCCCGCCCCAUUCUCCCGCUUUCCAUCACCCCGCGCCAUUCUCCCGCUUUCCAUCACCCCGCCCCAUUCUCCCGCUUUCCAUCACCCCGCCCCACUCUCUCGCUUUCCAUCACCCCGCCCCAUUUCACCUCUUUCCAUCACCCCGUUCCAUUCUCCCUCUUUCCGUCACCCCACCUCAUUCUCCCUCUUUCCAUCACCCUGCUCCAUUCUCCCUCUUUCGAUCACCCCGCCCCAUUCUCCUGCUUUCCAUCACCCCGCCCCAUUCUCCCUCUUUCGAUCAGCCCGCCUCAUUCUCCCGCUUUCCAUCACCCCGCCCCAUUCUCCCGCUUUCCAUCACCCCGCCCCAUUCUCCCGCUUUUCAUCACCCCGCCCCAUUCUCCCGCUUUCCUUCACCCCGUUCCAUUCUCCCGCUUUCCAUCACCCCGCCCCAUUCUCCCGCUUUCCAUCACCCCGCCCCAUUCUCCCUCUUUCUAUCACCCUGCCCCAUUCUCCCGCUUUCCAUCACCCCGCCCCAUUCUCCUCCUUUCCAUCACCCCACCCCAGUCUCCCGCUUUCCAUCACCCCGCCCCAUUCUCCCUCUUUCUAUCACCCUGCCCCAUUCUCCCGCUUUCCAUCACCCCGCCCCAUUCUCCUCCUUUCCAUCACCCCACCCCAGUCUCCCGCUUUCCAUCACCCCGCCCCAUUCUCCCUCUUUCUAUCACCCUGCCCCAAUCUCCCGCUUUCCAUCACCCCGCCCCAUUCUCCUCCUUUCCAUCACCCCACCCCAGUCUCCCGCUUUCCAUCACCCCACCCCAUUCUCCCGCUUUCCAUCACCCCGCCCCAUUCUCCCUCUUUCCAUCACCCCACCUCAUUCUCCUGCUUUCCAUCACCUCGCCCCAUUCUCCCUCUUUCCAUAACCCCGCCCCAUUCUUCCGCUUUCCAUCACCCCGCCCCGUUCUCCCGCUUUCCAUCACCCCGCCCCAUUCUCCCACUUUCCAUCACCCCGCCCCAUUCUCCCGCUUUCCAUCACCACGCCCCGUUUUCCCGCUUUCCAUCAUCCCGCCCCACUCUCCAACUUUCCAUCACCCCGCCCCAUUCUCCUGCUUUCCAUCACCCUGCCCCAUUCUCCCGCUUUCCAUCACCCCGCCCCAUUCUCCCGCUUUCAAUCACCACGCCCCAUUUUCCCGCUUUCCAUCACCCCGCCCCACUCUCCAACUUUCCAUCACCCCGCCCCAUUCUCCCGCUUUCCAUCACCCCGCCCCAUUCUCCCGCUUUCCAUCACCCCGCCCCAUUCUCCCUCUUUCCAUCACCUCGCCCCAUUCUCCCGCUUUCCAUCACCCCGCCCCGUUCUCCCGCUUUUCAUCACCCCGCCCCAUUCUCCCGCUUUCCUUCACCCCAUUCCAUUCUCCCGCUUUCCAUCACCCCGCCCCAUUCUCCCGCUUUCCAUCACCCCGCCCCAUUCUCCAGCUUUCCAUCACCCCGCCCCAUUCUCCCGCUUUCCAUCACCCCGCCCCACUCUCCCGCUUUCCAUCACCCCGCCCCAUUCUCCCGCUUUCCAUCACCCCGCCCCAUUCUCCCGCUUUCCAUCACCCCGCCCCAUUCUCCCGCUUUCCAAAACCCCGCCCCAUUCUCCCGCUUUCUAUCACCCCGCCCCAUUCUCCCGCUUUACAUCACCCCGCUCCAUUCUCCUGCUUUCCAUCACCCCGCCCAUUCUCCCGCUUUCCAUCACACCGCCCCAUUCUGCCUCCUUCCAUCAACCCUUGCAAGAACAAGGGCCUAG